AUGCAUUUAUCGAGUGAAGUGAGUUCGACGACGAAUGGACUGGGCCAUGAAGCGCCUUCGUCGAGUUAUGGCAGUUCGCUGCCGAGUCAGCCGCUGACGGCAGAGUUGCUAGCUGAAAGGACCUUGGAAGGUCUUUUAGCUGAUCAUCCUGGAGAGUUGGUGAAGACUGGUUGCCCACACGUGGUGUGCACAGUCCUUCCUCCACAUUGGCGAUCAAACAAAACCUUACCCGUGGCAUUCAAGGUGGUAGCUUUAGGAGAAGUAGGGGACGGCACCCUGGUCACUGUCAGAGCUGGUAAUGACGAGAACUGUUCUGCCGAGUUGAGGAACUGCACGGCAGUGAUGAAAAACCAAGUUGCCAAGUUCAAUGACCUCAGAUUUGUUGGAAGAAGUGGGAGAGAGGGCCUUAACAGAUCAAUUACCCCCAUUGACUUAAUAUUCCAACAAAGCGAAGACCUGUUGAAAUAUUCAGAAGGCAAGGCGCCCCGAGCUUUGUUUUUGAGUGCUCACCCACGGGAGAGGGGGAUUUUUUAUGAGUAG